ACCGGAAGUGUGUGCUGCUGUGUAGCAAACCGACCGUAGACGUGGAACAGGAUUUGUAGCUGUCGCUGCAGCACGAGAUGUUUGUUUAUAUGUUAUUUUAAUUUUAUUUUCCAUACUUUAUAAUUCUAUUUAUAUAUUUAUUUAUGUAUUAUGUUAUGACCGAGUAACUUAUUGGACGUUUGAAGACGACCUGAGGUGAUUUCUCAUUAGCUACAUUAGCCGUUAGCUGUGCUAAGCUAAUAGGAUCAUGGGAGCUAAUGCUAAAAGCUAACGCACGACACGUCGGUGUUGUUCGAUAUUAACUGGUGUUCAGGAUCGUCUGCGGUUAUAGAGCCAUAUCUCAGGUGCUGUCAUGGCGCCUAUGGGGAUCCGGUUGUCCCCUCUUGGUGUCGCCGUGUUCUGCUUGCUCGGGCUCGGCCUCCUGUACCACCUUUACUCCGGGGUCCUGACUAGCAGACUUGCCGCUUUCAGACAGAGGAAGACGGUGGAUCUGAGGGACCUCCUCGCCUUGUCCAUAGAGGCUGCUGUACAGGGAGGAUGGGAGGUGAAGCGCAUCCGUAUGGAGGACACGCUGGAGGAAAAAUCCAAGGGCAAAACUAAAGAAGGAGCUUCGGAGAAGUUCACCAUGGGGGAUUUAAACUCUCACAGGAAAAUGUACUACCUGAUCAGGAACACGUAUCCUUACAUACAGGUGAACUCUGAGGAACACGACAACUCGGAAGGCGAGGCCACGGUGUGGACACGUAACAUCCCGGAGGAGGUCGAGAGCAAGAUCCCUGAGGGGAAAGUGGUGCCUGCUGAGAGCGUGACGGUCUGGAUCGACCCGCUGGAUGCCACGCAGGAGUACACGGAAAACCUGAGGAAGUACGUCACGACCAUGGUGUGUGUGGCUGUGGACGGGAAACCUGUUGUAGGUGUGAUCCAUAAACCUUUCACCGACUUCACAGCGUGGGCGAUGGUGGGUGGAGGAGCGAACGUGGCACUGCGAGACUCCUACAACUCUCAAAAUCCCAAGGUCAUAGUGUCUCGCUCACACGCGGGUAAAGUGAAAGGCUUUAUUCAGCAGGCAUUCGGGAACGACACAGAGAUCAUACCAGCAGGGGGCGCAGGAUACAAGGUCCUCACUCUGCUGGACGUCUCGGACGACGAUUACGAGAAGGCAGACAUGUACAUCCACGUGACCUACAUCAAGAAGUGGGACAUCUGCGCAGGAAACGCCAUUCUAAAUGCACUGAGUGGUCACAUGACCACGCUGAGCGGGGAGGAGAUCGACUAUUCCGGCUCGGAGAAGAACCCAGGCGGCGUGCUCGCUACGGUCGGCAUCGACCACGACGCCGUGGUGAAAAAGCUGCCGGCCUGGGGAGAGAACAAAAACUGAUGACUCGGGAAACACGGACCGAACGAACAGAACCAGUGUUGGACACGCAGAUACGUCAGCUUCAGCAGGACCGCGCGUGACUGCGGCUGCGUGGCGUGUUUAGCAUUUAACUUCUCUAGGAGUCACAUUCGACGGGUAUAGGAAGGGCUCUCAGCGCGUGGUGGUCUUCUUUAUUUAUCUCCACAUCAAACACGCACUUUCAUGAUCACUGGUACAUUGGAUACGUUUAUACGUUUCAGUAUCGAUGCAUCCCUAAAGAACAGGACAUGUAGCUGCAUACAGAUAUUACAUCUUAAUAAUAUAACACCACAGACCUAUGAGUCUGACACUCGACUUUAAAUAUCUCCCGAUUUAAGGAAGCCUGUCUCUCAGGAGCACAAACCUGUCCCAAUCGGGGGGAAGCAGUGGCACUAGGCGUUCAUGUUUCCCUAAUAAUGUCACGACUGGAACUUUUUGCUUCACAAUAAUUUACACGCCGCUGUCAUGUGCGUGUCAUCGAACCUCCACAGUUCGGUCAGUUAAAGGGACGGUUCAAUGUAAGGUACACAAUCAUCUUCAUCUGCAAAAAGAACUCUGUGAUCUCAUUUCGUCCACCUGCGAAUAUAUUGACACCCACUUACGAAUUCUCGAUUCUGAUUGGCCAGAAGCUCUAACAGCAUAAUAAUUAUUAACCUGGCCUAACAUCACCAUAUAAUGUUUCCAUGGUAACAGCUCAUUCACAGGGGUAGGCACUUGUACACAUACACGUGCACGUAACUACAUGAUGCUUUAUUUAACAUUUAUGGAAGGAGUCUCCAGUGCCAGAGCUUUGUAACAGUAACUCCGCUUCAUCACAACACCACGUCGUCGAUUAUUGUCCGACAGCUCGACCCCGGGUGUGUGGUCUGUUACUUCACCACGUCACUCUGCUGAUGUUUUUUUGCUCAACUGUUUCUUUUAAACCAUUCUGUUUGUAAGCCGUUAUAAUUAUUCUAAUGUGAUGGGUGAUGAUUUUAUUUUAUUUUUUCAAUCAUAACCAAUCGGCAGACGAAGGAACAGGUGAUGAACAGGGUUUUAUUGUAUGAAAGAGUACUGUAUGUGAGACGCUCCCUGACGUGUCGUGCAUGAAGACGGAGUGUAAAUACACACAACACUUUAAUCAACGUUUAUUUGCUGUUUAAAAUCCUGCAUGCGCUCGGUCAGAUAUGAGGCAUGACGUGUGAUCUCAUUGUGCUAAAUUAACUUUGGUUUUCUUUGGGGUUUUUUUUUUUUUUUUGGAUUGUAAUAAAGAACAACUCUGUUGU